AUGUUGUGGCCUCUUUGUGGAUUUUAUGUCACUCUUGACGUUACACAUCGUCUGCUUCGACGUGUAUGCCUCAAGGCUGGCGAAAGUUUCAUGGUCAAGUUUAGUAUCUUUAUGGCGAGUUUUCCGAGGUCGAAAAUGGAAUCCGUUGCGAUGCCGAACAGAUUCGGUUCGUUUGGACACGAGGCAGCAGUUCAUAACCACACUGCUCUUCACCAUACUGUUGUUUUUGCUUCCAACGGUGGCUGUAUACUUCGUCGUCUUCAAAACGCUGCGACUGUCUGUGCUGGCUUUCCAGACGGUGCUCACAAAACUGGCUCUUCACCAUCAAUACACAAUUCCCUUGUUGGAUCACAUGUUUUCGUCAACGAAGUAAUAAAAUUCUUGGACAACAUGAGUUAG